GGUCCUGAUCUCGAAGGUCGCCGCCUUGUUUGCAACAUGUCAACGUCCACGAGAAUACAAGUGCUAUCCCUGUACCGCUUGUUAUUGAAAGAAAGCAAGAAAUUCCCUUCAUACAACUACAGGACCUAUGCCUUGCGGCGGGUGAGAGAUGCCUUCAGAGAGAACCAGAAGGUAGAAGACCCCAGAGCUGUGGAUGAACUGCUGCACAACGCACAAAACACUCUAGCUGUCAUACAGAGACAAGUGUCCUUAGGAAGGAUGUAUGAAAUUCAGAAGACCAUAAUAGAGAGGAACUGACACCAGCCAAACAGAAGGGAGGGAUGAGGGAGUGGAGAAGAUGGAGGACUCGACACACACAGGAUUCCUUGUUUUGGUUCAAGGAAUGUAUAAAACAGGAAGCAUCGGAGACCUUGUAACCCUGAACAGUGUUCUGAGUACCUCCCACGGUCUAUCAUAAACUGCAUGCAGCAGCUCUCAUGCUUCCUGCUUUGAUAAAGUCCUCGUUUUGAAUCUCUUUGUUAACAGUGCAGUGACGACAUCAUCCACUGAUGUAAAUGUACUUUUACCCCUCGUUACCUCGGUGCUGUGAUUCAUGAUGUAUGACAAUUACAUGAUAGUGGUGUCAUUAUCAUAGUCAUGGCCAUCCUGUACAUUGCUGUAUGUGAUCAGCUUCAGCCUUGACCCCCUCCAGGAUAUAUCUGCUUGACUGUACUGUAUAUAUGGGUUUGCUCUCAUGUGAGAUGCUGUUUAAAUAAAUGAAAUAUUAAAUGAAAUGUUCUGAACGUCAGCAACUCCUUUCUUUUUU